AUGUCUGUUCCAUCAGUUUCUAUUGAAAGGGGAUUAGAUCCAAAAGCUCAGGAGCAGGAUUUUGUUCAUGAUGUAUACAAUGAGAUAGCUUCUCAUUUUUCACAAACAAGAUAUAAGCCAUGGCCAAUUGUUGAAAAGUUCUUAAAAACUAGGCUGGACUAUUCCAUUGGAUUAGAUGUUGGAUGUGGAAAUGGGAAAUAUUUGGGGAUAAAUGAUAAAUUGUUCAUUAUAGGAACGGAUCAUUCAGAAGGGCUUGUUCGUUGUGGGCAAGAUAUUUCAGAAAAUAGUUAUAACUUGGGAAUAGCUGAUGGACUUUCAUUGCCUCACCCUGAAUCUCGAUUUGAUUUUGCUAUUUCCAUUGCUGUGAUCCAUCAUUUUGCUAACGAAGAAAGAAGAGUUCAAGCUAUACUGCAUAUUUUAUCCAAAUUGAAAGUGGGAGGUGAAUGUUUAAUAUAUUGUUGGGCUUUAGAGCAAGAGAAAUCACGUAGAGGUUAUAAGGAAGGAGAUGACCAGGACAUUUUAAUUCCUUGGGUUUUAAAGAAGCCUCAACCAAAGAAGGAAAAGAAAAAGAAAUCAAAGAUGAUGCCUCAAGAUCUGACAGUUGAACUGACUCCUGAGUUAACUGAGAAACUGGAAAGUGAAGAUCCACUUGAGCAACAUUCGGCUAAUACGCCAAAGAAAGAGGAACCAAAAGAAGAAGAGCAAGACCAGACCAAGUAUAGGUACUAUCAUUUAUAUAGAAAAGGAGAAUUGCUGGAGAAUGCACUCAAGACAGGAAGCUGUACUAUUGUGGAUGAGGGCUAUGAAAAGGAUAAUUGGUGGGUUAUAAUAAAGAAAAUAUGA